UUAAACUCCACCCCCUCUUCGCCCGUAGUAUAGUAGUACACGUACGUUCCGGGUCGCGCGACAAAGUUCAAUUCAAGGUGCUUUUAUCCGGGAAAUUUUGUCUCAGACUAUGCCCAUUUGGAGCAUCUUUGAGGAUUCAAAAUGGAAGCUUUAAAGAGGUUGAAGAAAAAGACGAAAGAUGCGGUCGAGGGCAGCAAAGGUGGAAGCCCGCAGCAGUCACGGCAAGAAACGAAAGGGGCUGGAGAACAAGAGGGUUUUAUUUGCCCUGUGUGUAUGGUCACGCUGUCUUCACCCGAACAACUCCAAGUUCACUGGGAGUCAGUUCACAAUACACCUGCUGCAGAGCCGAGUCCUGCCCCUUCAAGUCCAUCCCAUCAUGCCAUCCCCGCUUCCAUAGUGGAAUCGUCUGGACAGCAUUCGUCGAUGAACAGGGACGGCGAUGUGUUGGCACUCAGGCAAGAAUUAGAAGACUUGCGAGUUUCAUUAAAGGAGGAGAAAUGGUAUUCUGAGGAACUCAAGAAAGAAGUGGAAAAACUACAGCAAGGACAACCUACAGCAGGUGGAGGAGAUGUCAACUUGAAGCGAGCGGAAGAAGACAGGACGAUGUUGUCGUCCGAAGUUGUCUUGCUCCGUCAGCAGCUGGCGGAAUCCAUGGAUAAUGCUAAAGCUUACAAGACUGUCAAAGACGCCAUGGAGCAGAAAGCAGCCACUCUGGCAACUGAGGUGGUGACGUUGAAAUCCUGCUUGGAUGAGGAGAAAGCACUGCAUAACAGCCUGAAGGAAGCCAUGCAUCAAACCCAGACCGCUGCCAGAAUUGAGCUUCAGGACAGAGACGCGAGAAUGAAAGCUGUCCAGUCACAGCUGCUCCAAAGGCCAGGUGCAGAUGACGUCAUGGUCCUGAAGAAGGAGCUAGUGUCGGUGCAGAUGCUGAUGGACGAGUUGUCGCUCGCCAACGAGGCAGAUAUGAAACAGUUGAAGGAGAAGCACGAAGAUCUCAAGGCAGAGCAUGAAAAAUUGCAAGCGUCAGUUGCUGACAGUAACAGCGGCAGCGAGGCCCUCAAAGAAGAAUUCCAAGCCAAGAUGGAAGAAAACGCAACCCUCUCCCAGCAACUCAGCGAGGUACGCGGUCAGUUGAGGGACCAGGAAUCUGCCUGCUGCAAACUGCAGCAGGAAUUGGACUUUGCCAAGCAGCAGCAACUGCAGCAGGUGGCCAGCAAAGAAAAUCAGUAUUCAGAACUGCUGCAGCAACUUGAGCAGGCCAAAUCUUCACAGCAAGAGAUGGAAGCUGAGAUAGCCGAGGUUCAGAAGCAGUUAGUAGACAGCAGGCAGUCAGCGGAAGAGCAGCACGUACAGCUGGAGCAGCAACUUGCAGCAGCACAGCUGCAGAUUGCUAAGACUGAGGGAAAUGUGAACGAGAAAGAUGCUCAGGUCUCCGACCUUCAGCUUCAGUUGGACAUGCUACAGCAGCAGCACAACCAGGAGUGUGUGAAUAACGACGACCUGCGGUCGCAGCUACGAGAACGGCAGUCGCAGAUUGAAGACCAGCAGCGCUCACUAGUGGACAGGCAGGACAAACUUGCAGAACUGGAGAUGUCCUUGCAGAAGCAGAGAGAUGUAGCUGAGAGGCUGGAAGGGGAGAGAGCCGAUCUAAUGGCCAAGAUCGAGGCUGGGGAAGGGAUCUCAACAGCCAUACAGCAACUGAGACAAGAAAACGAAUGCUUACAAGAUCAGAUAUCUGAGCUGGAGUCGACUAAAGAUAAGCUUACGGAGGAACAUCGAGCAGUCAGUGAGGACCUUCAUAAGCAAUUACAACAGACUAAAGCUCAGGUAGAGGACCUUACAAAGCAACAUGAGAGAGAAGAAGCCAACUUGAAAGAGACAAGAACAAAACUGACCACUACUCAAGAGAAAUUGGUUAACACUGAAGCUGACCUCAAAACCAAGGGAGAAUUGCUUUUUGCUGCCGAGGCCUCCCUAGCAACUCAGAGAGCUGACCUGGAGAGUCACCUGAGAACGUCGCAGGCCGGCCUGCAGGACAAGCAGCAAGAACUCCAUAAGAUACAGGAGCAACUAGAAAAGACUCGAUCAGAAUUAUUGAGCACCAAGGAGCAGCUCUCCGACCUGGAAGUCAAGCAGACCUCCCUGCAAGAACAGUUGACAACCUCAAACCAUCAGCAUUCCUUGUUACAGAAUGAUCUACUGGCUAAUGUGAGUCAGCUAGCCCUUGUUGAAGAGAACAAGAAAGAGAUGGAAACUCAGCUGAACGGUCAGCUGCAGUCCCUACAGGUGAAGUUGAUUGACAGAGAAGAGGCAUUCAGCAAAAUGGCGAGGGACUGUGAACAGACAAAAGAGAACAAUGCUGCAUUGAUUUCUGGACUAGAAAAGGAAUUGGAAACAACCAAGACUAAAUUGACGGAGACACAAACGCAGUUGCAAGAACAGGUGGCCAUGCUUGAAGAACAGAGGAUGUCCAUUGAGGAGUCGUUAUCAACAACCCGGCAAAGUCUCCAGCAGAAAGAACAGGAAUUCACUCAACUACAACAGCAAAAGGCUGCAGUUAUGGUACAAGCUGCUGAGAAAGUGGAGAAACUUAACGCUGAUUUACAGAAUACACAAACUGAACUCAGCCAAGCCAAGACCAAUUUGGCAGCCAGUCAGCAGUCCAUUCUUGAAUUGACGGAACGCCUCAAAUGCCUAGAAACCGAGAAAUCAGAACUGCAGGAUCAGUUCAACGUGGAGCAAGACGUAGUGGUCGCUCUCAAGAAACAGAACACGGAUCAAGAAACGACAAUCGCUCAGAAGGUUGAGUUGUGUGCCAAGUUGGAGAGACAGUUGGAAAGCAAGGACAACAAGCAGAAGAAUUUACAGCAAAAGAUAGAGGUGCUUGAGCAAGAAAUUGCCAAAUCAUGUGAACAGUGCAAAAACUACGAGUCUCAAGUAGUCAAACUGCAGACCCAAGUCAAG